AUGAGACUGAGUUUCUUAGAAAUCCUAGAGCACAACGAUGGAGCACACUACAAUGACAUAGUGUUCUGCUUUCCUCUUAGAGCCAUUGUUAUCUCUGUUGGAUUGCUAGCAUGCCACAAGACUCUUUAUGUUCUCUGUCACUUUUCUUUUCUUGAGUUCAAUCUAGCAAUGAUAGUGAUGGAUUUCAUAAGUCCAGUGUUGGAGAUCAUAAUUCGCUUGUGGGACUGUUGUGCCUUCGUCCGUGACUAUGAAGAGAACCUUUCUUGUUUGAGGGACGUGGCAUCUGACCUCCAAGCCCUUUGGGUUGAUGUGAGUGUGAAGGUCCAACUGGCUGAGGCACGGCACCAGAGACGUCUGAAUGAAGUGAAUGAUUGGUUGGAGAAAGUUGAAGCCAUGCAAAGAGAAGUUCAAGCUAUUCAAGAGAAAGUUGCUCAUGUUCAAGAAACACGUAGCAGAUGUUCGGGAAAUUUUCCAACAAGCUGCAGGAUGGGAAGGAUUGUAACUCGAAAAAUAGGUGAGGUUGGUCAACUUAUUGAUAAAGGACAUUUUGAUGUAGUGGCUCAGGAAAUGCCACAUGCUUUGGUAGAUGAAAUCCCUCUAGAGGUCACAAUAGGUCUAGAAUCAACUUUUGAUGAACUUGGUGCAUGUUUUGAUGAUAAUCAUGUGGGAGUUAUUGGCUUGUUUGGCAUGGGGGGUGUAGGAAAGACAACCCUGCUCAAAAAGUUCAACAAUGAGUUCCUUCCCACCAAAUUUUAUGAUGUAGUUAUUUGGGUUGUGGUGUCUAAAGAAGCAGAUGUAGGGAGUGUUCAACAAAGCAUAGGGAACAAAUUAAAUGUUCCUGUUGGUAAAUGGGAUGGUAAGACCAUUGAUGAGAGAGCUAUUGUUUUAUACAACUUUUUGAAAAGGAAGAAGUUUGUGUUACUGCUUGAUGAUUUAUGGGAGCGUAUAAAUCUUCUGAAGUUGGGGAUUCCUCUUCCUGAUAUGGAAAACGGAUCUAAAGUGAUAUUCACUACAAGGUCCAUGGAGGUUUGCAGGAACAUGGAAGCCAACAGAUGCAUCAAAGUAGAAUGUUUAGCACCAAAGGAAGCAUUUGAAUUGUUCAGAGAGAAAGUGGGUGAAGAAACUCUCAACUCUCAUCCUGAAAUAUUUCAUCUGGCUCAAAUUGUGGCCAAGGAGUGUGAGGGACUUCCACUGGCUCUUAUCACUGUUGGAAGAUCUAUGGCUCGAAAGACUCUCCCUGAAUGGAAACGAGCAGCACGGACUUUAAAGAUUUAUCCAUCAAGAUUUUCAGGUAUGGUUGACUAUGUCUAUUGUUUGCUUGAGUUUAGCUAUGACAGUUUGCCAAGUGCUAUACACAAGUCUUGUUUCUUGUACUGUUCCAUCUUCCCUGAAGACUACGACAUUAGAAAAGAUGAACUCAUUCAACUGUGGAUUGGGCAAGGUCUUUUAGCUGAAUUUGGUGAUGAUGUCUAUGAAGCGCGUAACCAAGGAGAAGAAAUCAUAGCAAGCUUGAAGUUUGCUUGUUUGUUGGAGGACAGUGAGAGACAAAAUAGGAUUAAGAUGCAUGAUGUGAUCAGAGAUAUGGCUUUGUGGCUAGCUUGUGAUCAAGGAUCCAACACCAGGUUUUUGGUGAAAGACAGCAGUUCUAUUGAAGCAUAUAAUCCUGCAAAGUGGAAAGAAGUAGAGAUAGUAUCACUGUGGCGACAUAGCAUUCAAAACCUCUCAGGAAAACCAGAUUGCUCAAGUCUAUUGACUAUGCUUGUUAGAAACACCGAGCUAACCAACUUUCCUGAUGAGAUCUUUCUGACUGCAAACCAUCUUAGAGUGUUAGACAUAUCAGGUAAUAAAAGAGUAAAAAAAUUACCUUCAAGUAUUGGGAAGUUAGUUAAUUUGCAGCAUUUGGAUCUAUCAGGUACUGAUAUACAGGAAUUGCCAAGGGAGCUCCAGAACUUGAAAAAACUGAGGUGCCUGCUGCUAAAUUAUAUUUGUAAUAGGCUUGUCUUCCCAAGGAGUUUGAUAUCAAGUUUGUUGUCAUUGCAAGUGUUUAGCAAAUUACCAUGGGAAGAUCAAUUUAUUCUUCCCGACUUGGGGGAACCCGAGGAAACUGUCUUGUUGCAAGAACUGGAAUGCUUGGAAUGCCUUCAAGACGUAAGCAUUGCUCUAUUUUGCUUUUCUUCUAUGCAAGUAUUACUGAAUUCUCCGAAAUUGCAAAGAUGCAUUAGACAUCUGAGAGUAAUUUCUCCUUUCAAUUCAAUGCCACAUGUUGUAUUAUUCUCAUUAUUGAGAAAUAUGCAGCAUCUAGAGGUGUUGUCAAUGUCAAUUUCUUCAUCUCCAAGGUUAGACCAUGUCAGGAAAAAGGAGUCUCCAUCACAGGGUUCUAUGAUUGAGUUCAUUCCCAUGAGUUCUAAACUUACUGAGCAUGGUUACAUCGUUGCCCUUCGGGAGUUAUCUCUUGAAGGGUGUGGCAUGUCCAACUUGAAUUGGCUCACUCUUGCUCCAAGCCUUCAACUCCUUAAAAUAUACAAUUGUUCCUACUUGGAAGAAGUCAUAGGUGAAGAAUUUGAACAUGCAGAAAAUGUUUUUUCAAGUCUUGAAAUUGUUGAUCUAGAUUCUCUACCAAAAUUAAGGAGCAUAUGCUCAAAAGUAUUACAAUUUCCUUGUCUUAAGGAGAUCUGUGUAGCAGAUUGUCCGCGGCUGAUAAAACUCCCUUUUGAUUCCAACAGUGCAAAGAACAGUCUGGAGCACAUUAAUGGACAGAAAAAGUGGUGGCGUAAACUGCAGUGGGAAGAUGAAGCCACAAGGGAUCACUUUGGUUCAAAAUAUGUGCCUUUACGUAAAAUUCGCCAAAUACAUUGA